GCACGCAGACGCACAAGCGCUCGGGACCUUGGAUCUUGAGUUUAUUUCCGGUUUUCCAUCAUCUCUUCCGACCCUUGUCGCCUGUGGGUGACCCGACCUCAGGGGCGGGUGGCAGACAACAUGGAAACAGCUAAAGAUGGUGAGCAGAGCUCAAGUGAGACGUCUCCUCCAGCCCUGGCGGGUCCUGAAAACACCCUGGAGCCUGUGUCUGGGGAGGUGGAGAGCCAGCCGUUGUACCACGAGGAGACCAUAGAUCUUGGUGGAGAUGAGUUUGCAUCUGAAGAGAACGAGCCCACAUCUGAAAGUUCUCACAACUUGGGAGAUAAGCUUAAUGAGCACAUGAUGGAGAGCGUGCUCAUCUCCGACUCUCCUAACAACAGUGAGGGUGACGUGGGCGACCUCGGCUGUCUACAGGAUGUUGGGGAGCCCCCCAGAGCUGCCACUGAUCACAGAUUGCCCGGUAGCCCAGACAAAGAAGUGGUGGACACUCUGAGUAAUGGCAGUGAAACUGACGGAGACGAUACUCCCAGAGACAUCUCAGACAUGACGCCUGAUAGCAGAGCCUCUCUGAAAGAAGACUCAACACAGGAAGAUGUGACGGGCAUGCCUGCACUGGAGAAUGCUGGCACGGAGGAAGUGGGGCCUAAGGACAGCCUCGCGCCCCCAGAAGAGCAGACCUCAGAAGUGUCCUCCAGUCAGUCCUCCUCUAAAGACGAGCCCUUGCCCGUCUGCACCAUCUUCAGCCAGGCCGCCUCCACUCCCUCCCAGACACACCUGUUUCUACAGGAUGGUUUCGAGUCCCAGAUGGUGAAAUCUCCCAGUUUCAGUAGCACCAGUGAGACGUCAGCCAAGACCCCUCCUCCAAUGGUCCAGCCCAGUCCCAGCCUGAGUACCUUUUUUGGAGAUACAAUGAGCUCUAAUUCCUUGGCCUCUGACUUCUUUGAUUCCUUCACAACGUCUACUUUCAUUUCAGUCAGUAAUCCCAACGCAGGUUCCCCAGUUCCAGAAAAGCUGUCUUCACUCGCUGCCCCUGUAGGAGAAAAGUCACCAGAUUCCACCAGCCCAUCUUACUCUACAAGGAUGGAGAGAUCAGAAUCAGGUGUUUCUCGGGCCCCUCUGGAUGUUCCUGAAUCUCCAAAGCCAUUCUCACAGAUCCAGGCUGUGUUUGCUGGGAGUGAUGACCCCUUCGCCACAGCCCUGAGCAUGAGUGAGAUGGACCGGAGGAAUGACGCAUGGCUUCCCAGUCAGGCGACCAGAGAAGUCCUGAUGUCAGUAGCAACCCAGCAAUAUGGCACUGUAUUCAUAGACAAGGAGAACCUCACUAUGCCUGGCCUCAAGUUUGACAACAUUCAGGGAGAUGCAGUUAAAGACUUGAUGCUUCGCUUCCUGGGUGAAAAGGCUGCAGCAAAGAGACAAGUCUUAAAUGCCAACUCGGUGGAACAGUCCUUUGUGGGGCUGAAGCAGCUCAUUAGCUGCAGGAACUGGAGGGCGGCAGUCGACUUGUGUGGACGCCUGCUCACAGCACACGGACAAGGCUAUGGCAAGAGUGGACUGCCCACCAGCCACACCACAGACUCCUUGCAGCUCUGGUUUGUGAGGUUGGCACUGCUGGUGAAGUUGGGCCUUUUCCAGAAUGCUGAGAUGGAAUUUGAACCCUUCGGAAAUCUGGAUCAGCCAGACCUGUAUUAUGAAUACUACCCACACGUAUACCCAGGACGCAGGGGCUCCAUGGUCCCCUUUUCGAUGCGCAUUCUGCAUGCAGAACUGCAGCAGUAUCUGGGGAAUCCACAGGAGUCCCUGGACCGGUUACACAGGGUCAAGACCGUCUGCAGCAAGAUCCUGGCCAACUUGGAGCAAGGCUUAGCUGAAGAUGGUGGUCUGAGCAGCGUCACCCAGGAAAGCAGGCAAGCCUCUGUUCAGCUGUGGAGGUCUCGUCUGGGCCGUGUGCUGUACUCCAUGGCAAACUGUCUGCUCCUGAUGAAGGACUACGUGCUGGCUGUAGACGCCUACCUCACAGUGAUCAAGUACUACCCGGAGCAGGAGCCACAGCUGCUGAGUGGUAUUGGCCGAAUUCUCCUCCAGCAGAUUGGAGACAUAAGAACAGCUGAAAAAUAUUUUCAAGAUGUUGAGAAAGUAACUCAGAAGUUGGAUGGACUGCAGGGUAAAAUAAUGGUUUUAAUGAACAGAGCCUUUCUGUACCUCGGCCAGAAUAACUUUGCAGAAGCUCACAAGUUCUUCACAGAGAUUUUGAGGAUGGACCCAACAAAUGCAGUGGCCAACAACAAUGCUGCUGUGUGUUUGCUUUACCUGGGAAAGCUCAAGGACUCCCUGCGGCAGCUGGAGGCUAUGGUGCAGCAGGACCCCAAGCACUACCUGCACGAGAGCGUGCUCUUCAACCUGACCACCAUGUAUGAGCUGGAGUCCUCAAGGAGCAUGCAGAAGAAGCAGAGCCUACUUGAGGCCGUAGCUAGCAAAGAAGGGGACAGCUUCAACACACAGUGCCUGAAGCUGGCCUAGUUCUCUCCAGGUCUCUGUACCCUGAAGACACUUGAGCUGAUGGAUCAGUAAAAGCAUUUGAUGGGUAUAUAGGGCAUGCCUUAGGCUGGGCUACUCUCAGACCCACUGACCUGCCUACCAUGCAGUUGCACAACACUGCCUGUUGGUGAAGGUGGACCAUAUGCAUGGCAUUAAGAAUUGGGAAAUACCAGGACUUGGGGUUCCUUUGAUUUGUUCACGGAAGCUAACUUGCUCUUUCCUCACUUCUGAAUACUCGUUUGGUAAUAUAAUAUUGCUUCUUCUCACUAUAGACCUAAAUGAUCACAGUUCAUUGUCUUCCUUCCUCCAUAUCCCAAACCAAAGCAUUGCUUUGAUUAUUCAGCUCACUCAGAACACAGCUGGGGCAUGAAGCAUCACAGGCUGGCACAGCAUCUCUGCGCUCCUGUGUGCCUGGAAGGCAGAAUUGCUUAAUGCUUGUACAUUUUUUUCCACUUGCAAAAUGUAAAGGACCUAAAAAUGGUUUUGGGUACCCAGCUUUCCUAAGUCAUGUGAAAACACUCAUUUUAAAGGCAGGACACACGGCUGUGGGAUGCAGCCGAGCACAAUUUGUGCCUCAUGUGCUGAGGGCCUGGGUUCUACCCCAGCUCCAUAAACAAUAUGUCUGUGGCACAGAACAAAACUGCUGGCUCUUCAAGUCUGUAAUAAAGUUAAAAGCACUUGUGUUA